AUGCUGUGGGGUUCUAGAAAGGGGAGGAGAGAGCGGAGCAUCUGGGACCUGCGCCGUUGGACUUGCAGCUGCGCAGCCCGAACGCUUCUCGGGUGCGUGAAAUCGGCGGCCGUGCUGAUGGUGCUCUGGAGGCAUGGAUUUGCUCCCUCUACGGUGGGGCCUUUUCGCACGCGUACCAUGCGGGUCUGGUUGGCGAGGGUGCGCGGGGCGGGUGCUGUUGCCUUAGGGUGGGACAACCUGCUGUUAGGAAGUGGGGGUGGGAGGCAGAGAAAGGGAAUGGAUGAUGGGCCAAUUGGGGUGCACCGCUUAUCGUUGUGCUGCGACCCCUCGUGUAAUACGGGUAUGUCCGCAUCCUGUUCGUUUCCAUUUUUUUGUCUGUCAGCUUGUUUGUAG